AUGAAGAAUACUAAUCAACGGGUCAGAAGCGCAAGCAUAGCAAAGGAACCACCACCACUGAGAGAAGAAGUUGAAUGGGCUCUUAAACGUAUCCCAAGUAGCAAGUCACCUGGUAUAGACGGUAUCCUUAUUUGGAAGGCAACAGGCGAGAGUGGUAUCCAGAUGAUGUGGCAGUUGUGUAACAGGAUCUGGGUGUCUGAAGAGUGGCCUAGUGAUUGGUGCAGGGGAGUGUUUAUCUCAAUACCAAAGAGUGGAAACCUCAAGGAACGCUCAAACCACCGCACAAUAAACCUUAUUGUACACGCGAGCAAAAUUCUCCUCAAGAUCAUAGUAAACGAAAAGAAAAAAUAUGAGGACGAAAUAGGAAUGGAGCAAGCAGGAUACAAAUAG